AUUUUAUGAAAAGGAAAACACUGUUACUUGAAGCUGAUAUCAUACAAUAAAUAAAAAGUGCCUUUAACUUAAAUCAAAUAGAGAUUACAGAAUUGAUGACUUAAGCUAAACGAUAUGAUCCUAAAGGAACUGGCUAUAUUAGUAAAAAUGAGGUUGAUGAUAUUAUGAGAGGUAUUUAUAUAAUUUGAUGAUAAAGAUUUGAAAUUAUUGGGUAACGAAAAGAUGGUUGCAAAAUUCAAAGAAGAAAUAAAAACAUACGAUGGUAAAUAACUAGAACUCAAACAAAUAUGUGAUCUUUAUUGUAAAUUAAAGAAUUAUUAAUAACAACUAGAAGAUGAAGAAACAAUCACAUAAGAAUAUAGUAUUUAAAAAAUCAAUUAAUAUUAGUUGAUGCAUUUGUUGCCUUGGGUGGAUAGCCUGAUAGAUCAGGUUAUGUCUAAAAACAAACUAUUAUUGAUAUUAUUUAAAAGGAAUUCGAACUUAAGAUUGAUUUAGAAUCAUUUCUUGGAGAUUUCUAAGGCAAUCAGUUAGAGUUUGAAGAUUUUUGUUAGCUUUUUGAGAACGCUGGUGAAGAUGCCAAAUCUUUUAUUACUGUAUAAUUUAUUUUAUUAUAAUCUCAAUAGAGUUUCUCAUAAGCCAAAAGAAAUAAUACUGACUUUACGGUGAGGUUCAAAGACUUUGAAAAAUGGGAGAAAACAGCUAUGUGAUCAUAAUUUAAUUCAAUAUAUAUCAUAAGUCUGA